AAGGACAGCCCCGAGAGAAGCACGAGCUCGCGCGCGCUGACGUCAGCUUGUCCUGCGAAAGAACGGCGAUGUGUUGGAAUGUGUGGAGACUUGCACUUCCUUGAACAAACGCUCUAGAAAAGUUUGAAAAUCACGAUCUACAAAAAUUAUCGAAGAGCAACGGACCAUCUCUAUCGCUGACCGAGGAUGGCAGCAGAGGCGGUCUUCCCUGUGACUGUGGGCGUGUUCUGUGGAGGCAUGGGUCUGAGUGAGGAGGAGGGGCCUAAUGCGGAUCUGCCGGCCCCGCAGCUGGUGAUGCUGGCCAAUGUGGCACUGACGUCGGACGGUAUGGGCGGGGUUUGUGAGGGGGUGGGCGGGGCCGGGGAGGAGAAGCAGAUGGCCGAGUUGAAGCCUGUGGCGUCAAGUUACAGCAGCGACAGUGAGGAUGACGAACACACGCUCCUGCAGCGCUACGGCAGCUACGAACACACACACACGUACACGGAGCAGCCACAGCCUCAGACACAAACACACACAUCAGAGGAGAAUGGCAUUGUGGAAGAGGAAGAGCAGGAAGAGGUGGGCGGGGCUGAAGAUCUCUCCACCUCCAGAGCUCCUCCCCCAAAAACGCCGGCUGCACGGGUUUCUCUGAAGCGCAGGCAUAGCCCGAUCCCGCAGGGGGCGCCACCGGUGGUGGUUGUGGAGACUUCUAAGAAGAGGAAGCCGUUCCACUGUAAGCCCUGCCAGUACCAGGCGCAGAGUGAGGAGGACUUCAUCCAUCACAUCCGUAUCCAUAGCGCCAAGAAGCUUAUCGUCGUCAAUGGUGCCAGCGGGGCUGAGGAGCCUGCCAACGAGGCGGCGGCUGCCGGGCCGGCCCCGCCACCAGAGGGAGGGGAGGGGCCUGAGGGAGUGGCCAAUGGGAAAGGCGUGAUUCGCUGUGAGAGGUGUGGCUACAACACCAACCGCUACGAUCACUACUUGGCCCACCUUAAGCACCACAACAAGGAGGGCAACGAACAGCGUGUCUACAAGUGCACUAUCUGUUCUUACACCACAGUGAGUGGGUACCACUGGAAGAAGCACCUUCGUAAUCACUUCCCUAGCAAGCUGUUCACGUGCAACCAAUGCUGCUACUUCUCCGACCGCAAGAACAACUAUGUUCAGCAUAUCCGCACACACACAGGGGAGCGUCCGUUCCGUUGUCCAUACUGCGAGUACUCCAGCUCCCAGAAGACACACCUUACACGUCACAUGAGAACACACUCAGGUGAACGGCCGUUUAAGUGUGACAGCUGUAGCUACCUGGCAGCCAAUCAGCACGAGGUGACUCGUCACGCGCGUCAGGUGCAUAACGGGCCGAAGCCGCUGAGCUGCCCGUACUGCCAGUACAAGACGGCCGACCGCAGCAACUUCAAAAAGCAUGUGGAGCUGCACGUCAACCCGCGCCAGUUCCUCUGCCCCGUUUGCAAGUACGCAGCCUCCAAGAAAUGCAACCUGCAGUACCACAUCAAGUCCCGCCACCCCGGCUGCCAGGACAUCACCAUGGACGUGUCAAAGGUCAAACUCAAGAAGGUCAAGAAACCAGACGACUCCGGCAACGACUCCGGCAACUCCACCCCUGUAUCAUCACCAGACUCGACGCGUGUCCGGUCGGUCCACAUGCAUUUGCCCGAGGUCAGUAAGGCGGCGGAACCCGAGUCGAAUGUGGGGCCUAUCAACCUCUCCACCAAGAAGAGCCGUGAGAGUGAGGAGUCCUCUAGUGGGCGAAAGCGGAGCUGCAAGAAGAAGGAGAAGAAGCCGCGCGGGAAAACUGAUCCAGAGAAAGAGAACGUGAACCAAACGGAGGACAGGAGGGAAAAAGUGAAGGAGAAGGGGAAGGAACGGAAGAAAAUGACAAAGUCGCAGAGGAAGAGAGAGAGUGACGUAAAACAGGGGUCCAAACGAGAGAAGGCAGGAGUGAAACAGACUAGUGUGAGGGAGGUGGAUAUGGAGAGAGAGCGGAGAGAGGAACGGGCAGAGAGAGAGAAGAGGCUGGGAGAGGAGAAGGGGAGAGAGGAGGGCGAGAGAAGAGAAGAGCAGCCGGAGAAACGGAGGGAAGAGGUGAUGAGUCAAAAAGCGGAGGAGAAGAAGACGCCCAGGAAGGCAACCAAGCGCCCACCCAAAGCCCAGCAGAGUCCCGCCCCUCAGGCGAGCCCUGCCUCGCAAGCAAGCCCUGCCCAGGCAGACGUUGGCCUGUCGGCUGACGUCUCCACGGGAACCAAAAGGAAGGCGGCCAAGAGGAAGCAGCAGAAGCCCAACUCUGAGUCCUCUCCCUCACACACACACACCAGCCCGACCAAACCCAAACGCAGGAAAACAGAGCCCCCUGCGCAGACCCUCCCUCCCUCAUGUGACACCCCCCCGCCCACCCCCGACCAGCUCAAGCCAUCCCCCCUCCCCAGACUCCUCCAAACCAAAGGCAGGAGCAGCGAUGCCCACCCCACCGACGUACCCAGAAGCACCCACGUGCAGAGAGAGAUGGAGGGAGAAAAGGAGAUGGAGACAGAUCAAACCCCACCCACUCCGACCACUCCCUCGUGUCUCAUAGGGCCGGCCCCUGUGCUGGGAUUGGCUCUGAAUUGCACCUCCCCUGAACGCAACUCUGCAGGUCUGACAGAGAGGGAGGAAGAGAGGCGAAAAGAGGAAACGAGGGUUGAGCAGAGAGACUUGGCAGUAGUGAAGAACAAAAAGCAGACAGCAAAGAUGGACAACCAGGACAAACCCCAGAUUACCACAGACAAACUCCAGAUUACCACAGACAAACUCCAGAUUACCACAAACAAACUCCAGAUUAGCGCAGACAAACUCCAGAUUACCGCAGACAAACAUCAGAUUACCACAGACAAACCCCAGAUUACUGCAGACAAACUCCAGAUUAACGCAGACAAACUCCAGAUUAGCGCAGACAAACUCCAGAUUAAUGCAGACAAACUCCAGAUUACCGCAGACAAACCCCAGAUUGGUCUAGUCCAAGCCCACGUCACCACUGCUGAACCCCAGACUGUUGCAGAUGAAGCCCAGACUAACGCAGAGAAGGCGCAGAUAUCAGCAGACAAACUGAAGAUCCCAUUUUACAAGCGUCAGUCUCUAACUAGCAAACUUCACAUCACUGCAGACAAGAUCCAGAUCCCAAAACACCAGCUCCAGCUUCCUAAAGACAAGACCGAGACGGCUGCAGAACCCCUCCAAACCCCCAAAGACACAGGGGUACAGACAUCAUCUGACCAGCCCCACCACACGACUCCCCCCACCUGCCCCAGACUUCCACAGAUCUGCCCCAACCUUCCUCACAACUGCCCCAGAUUUCCACAGAUCUGCCCCAACCUUCAUCACAUCUGUCCCAGACUUCCACAGAUCUGUCCCAACCUUCAUCGCAUCUGUCCCAGACUUCCACAGAUCUGUCCCAAACUUCAUCACAUCUGCCCCAGACUCCUCAAGAUUUACCUCAGACUGCCCCGGACGGAUUCCCAACCCCCACAGAGAACCUGCCAUCGGCCUCGCUUCUGCUACCGGGGCCGGUGGGCGGCGCCAAGCCAGCAGAGGCGGAGGAUGAUGAGGGCAUCCACAGCCACGACGGAGGAAGUGACCUCAGCGACAGUGCCUCUGAACGCAGUGAUGACUCCGGCUUGCGAGGGGGUGUGGGCAAGACCACAGAUCCCCCCACCCCCACCGAAUCACUGCCCUCCCCCACGCACUCACUGCCCUCACCCCCCCUCACCAAGACUGCCCCCCACACACACACCUGCAUCUUCUGUGACCGCUCCUUUCCACAGGAGCUUGACUACCGUCGCCAUCUCAACCGUCACCUGGUCAACGUGUACUACCUGGAUUCGGCAACCCCACACAGCAACCAGUGAGAUGCACCCUCAGAGGAAGGGCCUGUGUGUGUGUGCGUGUGUGUAAGAUGUUUUUACAUUGGUUAGGGCCCCAUGUAACACCUUCCCAGAUCUGGUCCAAAUCGGCUCCAGUGUAAGCUGAUCCAGAGCUGCAAUUACUUAAGGACACACCUGUAGCUUCACCCACACACAGCUAACACAGAGCGAGUCCCCUGUAGCUGCAUGGUAUGCCCCUUAUCGUUGUUUGAACACAUGCACACCUUUCUUUUCUUACUCUAGGUUCCAAAGAAUUGUAUUUUUCGUACCUGUUGUCCAGGCAGGCUGUGUGUGUAUCUGUGCCUGUCUGUGUUUUGGAUGAGUUGAGCUCUUUGAUGCCUUGACAAUCGUUCUUUUCCUCUGGUGGUUUUGGUGACCCUGUUUGUGUAGUGCCUGAACAACACACACACUUAACUGUGCUUCCAAAGCUUAUAUCAUUUUCUUGCCCUCUCUCUCUGACACACACACACACACACAAGGCUACCCAGCCUGCACAGUAAGAUGUUUGGUGCAAUAUUAUCUUCCUGUUUAUGCCAAAGUGGAACUGGUCAGCUGUCAUUGGACUGGCUCGACCUUUUAACCCGUAACCUUUUGAGACUCCUUAUGUAAACACACUCUGUAGAUGGUUAGGACUUCAUCUUCCUGUUAAAGUGUCUCUCAUAUCAUUGUCUGAUUAUUUCCUCUGUAGAGCGAUGUCUCAGUACUACUGUAAGUGUGUAUUUCUCAUAUCACGUAUAUAUAUAUAUCUCAUGUCUCAUCCUAUCAGAUGACGGUUGUUCUGUGUGCUCUUAGUUAUGCAACGGUAUUUGGCCAAAUCUCAUUGCUCAUGCGGAUCUCUGUACUCACCUGUCUAGCCAGGUGUCUGCCACAGUGUUGAGCAGCUCUUAGAGUGGCCAAUCCGGUGCACUCCCAGACUCAAUAAUGUGCCGGCAAGCGGAGCUCUUGGCCAAUGGGCAGAUGUUUCCUGGCUCAGUGAUUGGCCGGUUUUCUGUAAGGUGUGCUGUAUUAUAUAUAGAUUACGAGCAGCUCAAUAAAGUCUUGUAUUUCACAGCA